AUGUAUUAUUCGAGAAACGGAGACAGACUUCCCCGCCGACGUAUCAUUAAUUUAUGUCCUGCUUCGAAUAUUGUUUGUAAAAUUUUGACAUCGGCCAUGAACUCGUGUUUCCCACCGUUGGCCGCUUUAACGCUGAAAGAUAAACGCCGAAAUUCCGCUUAUUUGGAGACCACCGAAAAUCAAACCAGUGGAAAACCUAACGUUAUACAAGACAUGGAAAAUGUUUAUAUAAAGCAAAUUGCUCAUAAUCUUAAGGACUACGAAUUGGAACAAAAAAUGGAAUUUGAGAUGAAAAUGCGUGAGGGCACGACACGACUCCUUGCCGCCUGCAAACAUCAAACGCAAUCGUUGCAGGCCGCCAAGAGCUUGUUGACGUCUAACGAAAGGAUGACCGCUUACAUCGCCGAAUUGCACCGGAAGAGCCGAGAACCCCCACAGAUUGGAUGGAACGGUGGAAAGGCUCGGGUGUCGCUUUCGGACUUACGACUCCCGCUGAUGUGGCGGGACACGGACCAUUUCAAGAAUAAAGGUGACUACCGGCGAUUUGCAGUGUUCUGUUUGGCUAAAAUCGGUACUCAACUGUACGAUACCAGCCUCAUGUUCCCGGUUGACAGAUCCAUGACCGACGUUACGUUUAACGACGUAUUGCUCUUUGAAAACGUCGGGCCUGAUUUCAAACUCGACUUGGAAGUAUACGCCCAUGUACUGCGCGACGACUUUUCGAUUGCGAGCACUCCAAGGAAAAUUAAGAACACAUUGCACAGUUCCAUAAGCCGCACGGUUGGUAAAAAGUUGGCUGCCACGUUGAGAGAUGAACUGAAUAGUGGUAAAAUUGGACCUAAUUUUGAACUAAUGGCAUCAGCUAAACUGACUUUAGAAGAAGUGGAUGACAGAGUACAUACGCAUGAUAUGAAAAUUGAGAGCACUCAAAACCGUAAUAAUCAGUUACCUCUGUUUGGUCAUUUUUGUUGUCGGUUGGCUGCACAACCCCAGUGUAUAUCGUCCCCGGUAUAUUCAGGGUGUGUACGGCCACGAGAUGAAUCUUCUUCAUGGGCCAACCUCCAAGCAUUUGAACUGUCUAUAUGGUCAACAGAAGAAGAAGCAAAAUCUCAACCACCCCAGAAAACAUUUCGUGUUGAUAGGAAUAACAGGCAACGGCUAAAAUUUAGUUCAGCUACCAAAGAACACUACAAAUGGAAAAAAGCAGCUGAAAAUGUCAUGGAAGUACAGUUGUUAGAAACUAACAGGCAUUCAUUUGUUAAGCCAGAACGACAAGGGCACUUUAAUGAUGAAACUCCACUUUUUUGUAAACUUACUCAUCAAUUAUUGUAA